AUGUCAUGCUGCCAUCGCGCCAACCACAACCAUGGUCACAGCCACAACCACAACCACCAUCAGCACCACCAACACUCCCAGGGACCAUGCCAGUGCUACCGCUGCCAGAAAAGCCGCAGCCAACCCACACUGCACCCCGCGAUCGGGAUCCCCCUGGCCAUCGCGACGGGCGGCCUCUCGUGCGCCGCGAUAGGCAUCUAUCGCGGCUACAUAGGCUACCGUGACCGAGCGGCGCGGGAGACAAUCAGAGACAUUGUUCCGGAGCAGGGUGGCUGUGGUCCUGAACAAGCAGCAGCCAUAGCCGUGCGGGACGUCGCUGAUGUUGAGCAUGACGCUGGGCCUCGAGCCGCCGUCUCUUCGGGCAUGCCUGAUGCGUCUCUCGCAAUGGAGCCGCCGCCGCCCAGGUAUACCGAAAUUGAUAAUGGUCAAAUGACCAGCGAUGCAACUCAGAAGAUGUGA